ACGGAGGACGUAACCGAUGAAUUCCGUUCCUUUUGUGUUGUUGUCAAGGUAACUGCAUCUCUAAUUCCGCGAUGAGAAUUUUUUUUCACUUUAGUGCCCAUUUAACUCGGUGAAGAAGACGACGGGUUUGUUCAGAAGCGGUCACCCUCGGACAAAGUAGAAAAGGUUCCAGUCCUUGAUUAGGCUCAGUUUUCGGUACAAAUUGUCCCAAUAUUUCAUGUCGCCUUCGUCAGGAGGACUGCGAAGUGGAGUGCAGUGUUUGAUCAACAGUGUUGGCCGUCUGUUGGCCAGUUGGUGCCCGACGUCUGAACGUCAGAAGCAACCUGUGCGCAGCUAAAUGAAGGAAAAAUUCUGGGAAGGACAUGGACACGCAAGAGGGAACGGUGGCCGUGGCCUUAGCGCAGGUCAUCGAUCGAGACGUUGCUGCCAUGGAGCAAAUAGUGCAAGAGCCCAUUUUUCGCAUGACGCCAGACUCGAAAAGCAGACGGCUUCGAGUUCUCGUUCGCAAUCUUCUAGUCGUGAGCCUGGGCUUCGUCCUGCUGUUUACGUCGUUUCAGUCAUUACAGAACCUCCAGAGCAGCAUCAAUGCCGAAGAAAAUUUGGGAACGACGGCAUUGGCUGUCCUUUACAUGACCCAGGUUGUCUCCAGCAUGUUUGUUCCCGCUUAUGUCAUUCACUUGAUGGGCCUUAAAUACGCUCUCGCUACUUCUAUGCUUUUGUACUGCACCUAUUUUCUAUCUAACUUCUACCCCACUUGGUACACGAUGAUUCCAGCAGCCGUCCUGGUAGGCGCAAGCGCUGCGCCCAUGUGGACAUCCAAGUGCGCCAUCCUAGCGUACCUGGCCGGUGAAUAUGCUGCCCUCAACAACCAGGACGUCUCUAACGUCGUCACGAGGUUCUUCAGCGUCUUCUUCAUGCUCUUUCAGACAGCGCAGAUCUGGGGGAACCUCAUAUCGUCCGUCGUUCUCAGUGCGCCAGGUUCCAAUCGGACUGAAAGCCACGCCGCUGACAUUACCCAAUGUGGCAUCAACUUCCUUCCAACAGUCGUUCAGGGUCAGAAUAACACCAAUCUGGAAGCACCAGACGACAUGAGACGCUACACACUUUCAGCCAUCUACACAUCGUUGGCUCUGCUGGCUGGUAUCAGCGUCCUGCUUUUCCUGGAACCCAUUAAGACCAAACUGAGUCAGUGCGAUAAACCAAGGACGUAUCUUCUCGUUGAAACGCUGAAGCAAUUGCGCAACCCCUACCAGGUCGCCAUUGUUCCACUAACCUUCUACAGUGGUAUAGAACAGGCUUUUAUCUUCACGGACUUCAGCAAGGCUUAUGUGGGCUGCUCCUGGGGCAUUAGCCACGUGGGCUACGUGAUGAUUACAUUUGGCGUGGCUGACGCCUCCUUCUCGCUUCUCUCGGGUUUCGUCAUUGGAUUCAUCGGACGUGUUCCCAUAUUUCUUCUGGGCGCCGCAGUCAACAUUGGCGCCAUUAUAGCACUGAAUUGCUGGCAACCGACCCCGGAUGAGCCAUAUGUCUUCUUCCUCAUCGCGGGAAGCUGGGGUUUCGCUGACGCUGUUUGGCAGACACAAAUCAACGCCUUCUACGGUGUCAUAUUUGACGAGAGUGAAGAGGGCUCCUUCGCCAACUACCGUUUGUGGGAAUCCACCGGUUUUAUUUUGGCGUUCACAGUGUAUGUGAACGUUCGUAUCUACUACAAACUUAUGCUUUUGUCUGUGGUCCUAGUCAUCGGAAUGGUCUGUUACAUAGGCAUAGAGAUUCAUAUCAAAUACUAUGCUAAGAAGCGGUGAGGUACCCUUCGAGGAUCCCCCAAGACGGGGAAGUGGACGACUCACUUGCUUUGUGGAGGUCAAUAGUGUGUAGCACACAAUUCCCUUGUGUCACGCACAACAUUUGUACCGAUGCCGGCUUGCUGCCUGGCGGGUGCUAGUUUGUCCGAGCACCGGCAAUGUGUUAGUAUUUUUUUUUGCCACUAGGUGAGCCAAUUUGUUGUUGCCCAUUUUGUAUAAAAAUGACAUUUCUGCCCGCAUGCAAUCAGACGGAAGUGAUGUAUACGUAUCAUGGUGCCGACAUCCCAUCUCAAACGUCUCGGGAGCAACGGCUCCGAUUUCUACGAACAAAAAUAUAUUUGACAUUACUUUGA